UUUUCAGAGUUUGUUAUCAAUUAAUGAUCUCCUUUAAACCCUUAUCUUUAGGUUUCAUUUCGACAAUGCAAUCACCAAGCAAUUAGCGAUUCUUGGUCUUCAGAAGGAAUACCGCCACCAAAUUCAAGUAAAGAAGUAAGAAAAGUUUUAGCACUUUGUCUCCUUCCUGCAAACAAGUUCUUGGUUGCUUGGGGAUCUCGAGUUAUUGAGAUUGCACAAUUUAGUCGCAAAAUCAAAAUCAAACUAUUUGCUUUUAAAAGUAUUUUGAGAGUUAUUGGCUCAAUAUAGUGACCCCAGAAGGAUUCAGUGUUUAUGGGUUGAACCACAAAACCAAUAACAAUGCAGAGAGUCUCAAUAGACGUUUGAAAUCAAACAUGGGUGAUCGACAUAGAGGAUUUUGGCAGUUUAUGAAAUUGCUAAACCAGCAUGUAAUAGUCCAUACAAUUCAAGAGCUUCAACAGCUUGCCUGCAAUCAGCCAGUCCGCCGUGACGAACGCGACUAUGGUGCAAUUGAAAAAAUGCGUUGUUUUGAGAAAAAACUUCGAGACGGAGUUUGGACAACUGAGAGAUUCCUAUCAACAGUAUCAUAUCUCUUUCAAAACUUCAAAGUAGUUGCUUUGGAUGAAAACUCAAUGAACGAGGUUGAUGAGAGUCUUCUUUUGCCAACUUCUACUUCAACAGAGUCACCGAAGUGCGUUGUUUGUACCGUCAAUGAACGAAAUGCAUUAGUAAUGCCUUGCAGACAUUUUUUGUUUUGUCAGCCCUGCAUUCAACAAGUCCAAAAAAGCAACACAGCUCAUUGUCCCACUUGCCGAGGACCAAUAUCACCUAUAAUUGAACCUUUUCAACGAUUCAGUAAAAUUUUCCCUUUUACCUAUAUUUUCAAAACUAGAAUGUCACACAAUUGUUUAAAUUUAUUUUAAAAAAUUUAUUA